AUGCAAGAAAAUCUUUGCAAUCAACCACUAUUAGGCAUUGGAAAUAGUAAUGUGAAUAUUGAUGAAACUAAUUCUGGUGCUAGUACUAGUAGUACAAGAUCUGUGAUAAUGGAUUUUCAUGACAACCAACUAGUUCAAAAUCAAAGAGGUUUAAGUUAUCGUGCUACUCAAUAUGAAUCAUCUUAUUCUUUACAAGAUCCUACACUUGACCAUGGUAACUUUUUAGAAAUUCUACUUCUCUUAAAAAAAUAUGAUGUGACAUUAAAUGAACAUGUUGAUAAAAUAACCAAAAGUGCUCAAGAAAAAGCUGCUAGGCAUAAAUCUACAAAAGUAAAAGGAAGAGGUUCAUCUUUGACGUUCAUUUCAAAAACAACGGUUAAUUUGAUUAUUGAUGCUAUUAGUGUUCUUAUGAAAAGGUCAAUUUCUUCUCAAAUACAAGAAGCUGAAAUGUUUUCUGUACAACUGGAUACUACACAGGAUGUAUCUGUUCAAGAUCAGUGUUCUGUAAUAAUAAGAUAUGUGAAUUCAAAAGGAGUAAAUGAAAAACUAAUUUCCAUUGUAACAAUGAAAGAAUCAACAGGAAAAAGUUUCUAUGAAAUGCUCCAAGACGUACUGAACAGCAAUGGACUUGAUGUAAAAAACUGCAUUGGGAACGCCACAGAUGGAGCAGCCAACAUGCAAGGGCAUUUUAAUGGCUUUUCGUCCUGGCUUUCAAAAUCUUCACCAGGUCAAAUUCAUGUAUGGUGUUAUAGCCAUAUUUUGAACUUGGUUAUUAUUGAAGCAACCAAAUCACCAUUACAAGCUGCUUCUUUAUUUGUGUUAUUGAAUGAUGUUGCAGUUUUUUUUAAAGAAUCGUACAAGAGAAUGAAUGUUUGGAAAAAAACAAUUGGUGAGAAAGAUUUAAGAAGACUUGUGACUAUUGGAAACACUCGUUGGUGGUCUAAAGAGAAAGCUUUGCAUCAUAUUUUUGUAGAUCAAGGACAUUUGUACGUAGAAAUGAUUUUAGCUUUAGACACUAUACAAACAUUAGAUUCAUUUACGCCUGAAGUUCGUGUAAAAGCUAAAAUUCUGAAAGAAUCAUUUUUAGAAUUUCAAACUAUAUUAACAGCAUUUAUUUAUGUGCAUAUUUUUGAGAUUGUUGGUCCUCUCUCCAGGUAUUUACAAACAAAAGGUAUGGAUUUAAGUCCCAAGAAUUGGUUGAUGGCUCUUUAG